UGCGCGGGACCCGGAAGAGUGGGAAUUUUAAAUGGCUGUGUGUGCGGACUGCAAAAUAAAAAACUCACGGUUGGAAGAGAAGCUUUGUCGUUUGCAAAAUGAUCUCCGUGAGAAGGAUAGGCUGCUGGAGGGCUUCAUAUCUGUAGCUUCAGCUCAAGCCAAACAUAUAUCCCUGAGUCAGGCCUCCAGGAUCACCGGUCUUUCGCCCUCGGCUCUGGCACCACAGCUGGUUUCGGCCUCCGCUGCCACUCUGCCCUGGUUGGCCUCCCUGCAUUCUCCGAUCGGGCCGGCCGAGGGCCCUGCAGCCGAGGGUCCAGCCGGCUCACCCGUGCCGCACAGCGCAAAGCCGGCAGGCUGUCUCUCCACCUCUCCUCCCGCGCAUCGGUACAGUCAGGAUCUGAGACCGCUGGACGAUCCUGACACUGGCAUGGUAGCGGGGCUCCCAGCGCUCCCUACCCACAGCUCGACCCCAAAGCUGAAGGGGCAGCAAACCUGGCUCGAGGUGGCGCAACGCGGACGGAGGACGACUGCAGCGGAGAGAGUCCCCUCACCACCACGGCUCUCUCUCUCCAACCGCUUCUUGGCCCUGAGGGAUGAAGCUCCCGCUGUCCCAGUCCCUGCUCCGGCUCCACCUCUCCUGACGGUCCCAGCUCCAGCAGAGGCGGCUCCGCGGAUGUCCAACUCGGACCUGGCACCGCGGCCCUCCUCGACCGGGAUACUGCGUCGCAGGCUGCUGAAGGAGGCCGUCUCCAGGCGCUCGGAGAGGCUCCCCCGGGCCGGCAACAACCUCACUCCACCUGCGUCCGCUCACUGCCGACAAUCGCCGUCUCCUGCACAGGUGGAGCGCCCAACUUCCGAAGGCUUCAGCGCCUGCACACCAGCUCCUCAUCCCCUUUUUCCCCCGACCACGCUCAUCAUCGGAGACUCCAUAACCAGGUACAUCAGGUUUUUUAAUGCCAUCACUCACUGUUUUCCCGGCGCCACGGUACCUGUCAUCCUGGACAAACUUCUUAAUCUACUCCCCUCUCUCCCCUCCUCUGUCACUAAGAUUGUGCUCCAUGUUGGUUCAAACGACAUGUCCCUUAAGCAGUCAGAAACCACAAAGAGGGAUUUUAACUUGCUUUUUAACGUUUUAAAGGACACUGGAAAGACUGUUUUUAUCUCUGGCCCGAUCCCCACUCUCGGUCGUGGAGGGGAACGUUUUAGCAGGAUCCUCAGCCUCCACACCUGGCUCCAAUCCACAUGCCCCACCCACAACUUCGGUUUUAUUGACAAUUUUAAUCUGUUUUGGGACCGAGCAUCACUUUUUAGCCAUGAUGGGAUCCACCCCAACAGGCGGGGUAGCCGAAUGCUCUCUUGCAACAUCCAGUAUAUGAUCCACUCCUCACCCGUCUGACAGUCUGCACUCAGCAGCCCAUCUUUCCACAUCCAGGCCACCCCCCCUCCUCCUCACAAUAACCUCUGGUCAUCUCAAAACAGUCCCACAAUCCCCGCUUAUUCACCUGCCAACCCCCACCUUCCUCUGCCCCCCACUAGUACUAUCAGUAAAUCCGUGAUCCCAGUCCGCAUCACAUCCUCACGUCCUCCCCGUCCUCCAGCCAGACUUUGUCCCCCCACCAAUCUCAUCCUCAUCCCCCUGCUUCCUCGGCUACCCCGCCCUGCUUUUAACAGCAAACCUGCAAACUUUGGACUUUUAAACAUCAGAUCCCUCAACAACAAAACAUUUUUAUGCCAUGAUUUUAUCUCACAAAACAGUCUGGACUUUUUUAUUCUGACUGAAACUUGGCUGACUCCGGACAAUUGUAUUUCUCUUAUAGAAGCCACCCCCCCUGAUUUUACUCACCUCCAUCAGCCCCGGCAGUCAGGCCGGGGAGGGGGGGUGGCUGUCAUAUACAAGAAGGAUUUUAAAUGCACCCCCAUCACCUUCAGCACUUUUAGUUCAUUUGAGCACCUUGCUUUUAUUGUUAAAUUGAAAGAACUUGUUUUAAUCAUAAUCAUUUAUCGACCACCCAAACACAAUGCUGUUUUUAUUCAGGAGUUUUCAGAGUUUCUAUCCCUUUUUAUUUGUAAAUAUGACAAAGUUCUUAUUUUGGGUGAUUUUAAUGUACAUGUCUGUUGUCCCUCUCAACCCUUAACUGUUGAUUUUAUUGAAACUCUGGACUCCUUUAAUCUUACCCAGGCAAUACAGGAACCCACUCAUGUAAAGGGACACUGCUUAGAUUUGGUUUUAUUUACUGGACUUAGUCCUGGGGAGUUUUUAACUAAGGAUAUCUGUGUGUCAGAUCACUAACUGGUUUUAUUCUCCAUGGUUUUAUCCCAGCCCUCUUUUACCGAUCACACUCCUGUUUUUAGAAGGGUUUUUAAUGCAUCGUCUGCUAGCAAGUUUUCGGAGCUUUUUAUCUCUGCAUCUUUAACUGCCCUCAACCCAGAUUUUAAUCCAGUUUUUAACACUGAAGAGCUUGUCUCUCUUUUUAACAGUAUGUGUGGAACCAUCCUGGACUCUGUAGCUCCUCUGAAAAAGAAAAGAUCUAACAGAGAACCCCAACCCUGGCUCACAGAGUCCACCCAUGAACUAAAGAGAAUUUGUAGACGAAAACGAACGCAAAUGGAAGAAAACUGGGUUGGUGGUUUUCCUCGAAAUUUGGAGAGACUCCUUGAAAAACUACCAGAAGGCAGUUAAGGAUGCAAGGGCAGCAUUUUACUCAAAUUUGAUUUUAGCUAAUUAUUCAAACCCCAGAAUUUUAUUCAAGGUUUUAGAGUCUCUUUCAAACCCUUCCCCCUCUUAUUUUACUGAUGCUUCUCAAGAAACCUGUGAGAAGUUUUUAAUUCAUUUUAUUAACAAGGUUAUGGACAUCAGGCAUCAAAUCACCCCUCCCAGUCUCCCUGUGCUCUUAAGCCGGGAAGUUAAGCACUUUUUUAGUAGUUUUGAGCCGGUGUCCUUAAAAUUUUUAUCUGAUAUUUUAGCCAAAAUGAAACCUGCUACGUGCAGUCUUGAUUCUAUCCCCACCAGAUUUCUCUAAGAGGUUUUUAACGUGGUUGGGCCUUGCAUUUUAUCCAUCAUUAAUAGCUCUCUAGUGGAGGGAGUAUUUCCCUCUGCUUUUAAACACGCUGUGGUCCAACCCCUUUUAAAGAAGCCAAACCUUGACCCCUCUGAUUUUAACAAUUUUAGACCAAUUUCAAAACUUCCAUUUUUAUCCAAACUUUUAGAGAAGGUGGUUUCUAAACAGCUUUUAGGUUUUAUGUCCGAAAACAACCUCUUUGAGAAAUUUCAGUCUGGUUUUAGAGCAGGUCACAGCACUGAGACUGCCCUCCUCCGUGUGACCAAUGACCUUCUUUUAGCAGCAGAUAGAGGGGAGGGCUCAAUUUUAAUUCUUUUAGAUCUCAGUGCAGCUUUUGAUACAGUUGAUCAUACCAUUUUAAUUGAACGUCUUAAAAACUGGGUGGGUGUCAGGGGCACUGCACUUGGCUGGUUUCAGUCGUAUCUUUUAGAACGAACCUUUGCGGUCACCAUAGGCAAUCACACCUCCUCUACUUCUGCUAUCGCCUGUGGUGUUCCGCAAGGUUCAGUUUUAGGUCCAAUUUUAUUUUCUAUAUACAUGCUGCCC